AUGUCUCCUCGUCGCUCCUCCCGAGCUCGCACCACACAACCCUCACCUGCCCUGCUGCAGCACACGAAUUCCAACAGCUCUGGAAAUUCGCUCACACGUGGAGAGCGUAACACCCGUUCCAAUAACAAGCAUCCAUCUCCUCAAGGGUCAUCGACGCAACGUUCUCAAUCGAUCGACGACUCGGACGGCAAACCCGAUCUGCCGCAGACGCGCCAGCGCCAUCGUGCCCAAGACGAUGACAACGACGAGCUUUCCCAAGCAAACGAUGAUGAAGGUGACGAAGAGGAAAAUGAUGAGGAAGAAAUAACUAGGUGUCUAUGUGGGCAGCAGGAGUACCCAGGCCUGCCUCCAUCCCGCCGUAGUGCCACUGGUCGGCACCAUCAUCAAGCAGGAGGCAAGGACAAUACCAUAUUGGCGAAAGAUGAAGCUGAUCCUCUGAGCGAUGAUAUCGGAAGCAUGUUCAUCCAAUGCGACUCAUGCAAGGUUUGGCAGCAUGGUGGUUGCGUUGGCAUUAUGGACGAAGCUAUGAGCCCCGACGAAUAUUUUUGUGAGGAGUGCCGGAAGGACCUUCACAAGAUUACCGCCGAACCAAAUGGAUCACACUCUUCUCAGUACUUGCCAGUUGCCCCUGUGUUCAGCCCUGAGUCUUCUUCGCGAGAAUCAUCCAGCGACAAUGCGCGGCGCUCGCGCGAUUCAAGAUCACGACAAGCCGACCCCCCUAAACGUCGCUCUACAAUGAACAGCCGAGAUGCUGCCUAUGACGAGGAGGAGCUAUUGAGACGGGCUAUUGAAGAAAGCAAGGAAGAUAACAGGAUGAGCAACGACGAGACAAGCUCACGGCGAACGAAGAGAAGCCGGAGCGAUGACGAAGUCAACAAGCAAGCUAUUAAGCGUCCCCGAACCAGCUCUCCAUCUCCGUCCGCUGUGUCCAAACUGAGCCUCCCUCCCUCACAAACUGUUUCGGAAGAUGAGUCAAAGCCUAAGACCAACGGCGCGAACAGACCUAAGCGAGGUGUACCUGGGCGCAAUCAGAAAGACAAAGAGGUCAAAGAGCCAGAGGAGCAACCAGAAGAGGAAGAAGAAAUGGAGCAACCGGAGCCUAUUACACGAAGAAAAUCGCGCUCAGAAAAGAAGCGAGAAGAAGAAUCAGAUCAUGAGACUGAAGCGUCACCGACAAAACCCCCCGCGCCGGCACCCGCACCGACUGAACCUGAGCCUUUGGAACAAACUCCGGAAUCCCCGGCACCUGCUGCAGAGCCGGCACCGCCGCCACCUCCACCUCGUCAGUCGACACGAAAAUCAGGUCGCCCACCAGCUCGACGUGGUGGGCGGUUAGGUCGCAACCAAUAUACACGAGACCGUGAUCUCAAUGGAGAUAGUGUUAACUCCCCCAACUCACCGCAUGGAAAUCAUUUUCGCGACAAUGGCCGAGAUUCGCCUAGCAUUGGCGGGCCUAACGGGAUGGCCAACGGAGCGGACAGCAAAGGCAAAGGUCGUCACUUGAAUCCUCAUCGUACAUCGAUGAAUGAAAUGAAACGACGGGUUGCAGCUAUACUGGACUUUAUCUCUCGCAUGCAAGUUGAGAUGGCAGCCAGUGGAGAGAAUGUGACUCCACCUGAUAACAAUGCCACAAAUGGCAACAAUGGCGGCGCAGCUUCACGUGCAUCGCUGAUCAAAGGCGUCCAGGAUCAACUGGGAUCGCUGCUCGCAUCGGCAAACAGUGAAGGCGCAUCUGUCGCCAGCUCAGCGGGAUCGAUAGCAGACUUUGAUGCGAUGAAGGAGAAGGAGAAAGAUUUCGGAGACCUCACGAGUAUCGAGAUGAUGGAUGUUCUCACUCGACAUCUACUCAAAUGGCAGCAAGAGUAUGGCAAGUACGGCGAGAAAUAG